AUUACUAUUUUUGAUAAUAAGAGUUUUGAACUUUAAAAGGCGAAAAUAAAACGAAAAAUUGAGUGGUGCCCAGAGCACUAUCUUUCUCCUUCACAACAAUCUCUUUUGGUCUCUUAUUUCAGUGUGUUCUUAAUCUUCUGAUACACUUCGGACUUCAAAAGUUGUUCGUUCAGGUAGCAUAGCAUGGCUUCCAUCAUUGCAAGCUUGCCUCCACCACUGUUGGUCCAUAGCAGAAAUACAAAUACCAUCCUUUUCAGAGCUCUUCCAAAACUCCCCGUUUCUUCCGUUUCAGAGAGACAGAAUCGUGUUGCUGUUGUGGUGAAGGCUACUGGGGAAAGCUCCGAGUCUUCAACUUCUAUUGUGAAAUCUGUUCAGAAUGUGUGGGAUAAUUCUGAAGAUCGGCCAGCUCUUGUUGCUUUGGGGUUUGCAGCUGUAGUAGGUUUAUGGACAUCAACAAAUUUGAUUACAGCCAUUGACAAGUUGCCGCUUAUCCCAAGUGUGCUAGAAUUUGUCGGAAUACUUUUCUCUUUGUGGUUUAUAUAUCGAUAUCUCCUAUUCAAGCCUGACCGGGAAGAGUUUUUCCAAAUCGUGAACAAAUCAAUAUCCAAUAUCUUGGGCCAGUGAAUUGUUAUUCCAAUUGUUCUGAGAGUGUUUUUAGUUUGAGGAAGGGAUUGGCAGGAACUUAAUAUGUAUUACAGUAGCAAUCAAACUCGUUAUUCCGAGUCAAUCAAGAACCUCAAGUUGGUCUUAAAUCAACGUUUUUGAGAAA